AUGUUUCAGCCGACCUGGUCCCAAGAGGCCCACGCACAACCGCCGCACCAACUUCAUCCCCAAGAAGGCUCCUCGCUUCCCAAAGACAUGCAACUUCCCCAGCAGAUCCAGUACGACCCUUCCCAAAUCUCACACCAGGCACCAGUCCACCAGCUCUCCGAGUACGAUGCCUCAAUAUCCCAACUCCCCAAUGCAGCACCACCAGAUCCUUCCGCCUAUCCCUUUUCCAUCCAACCGCAACAGCAUCGCGAUACACACCUGGCUCAUAACGAUCCCCCCUAUUCAAUAGCUCAGCAGCACAACCGCUUUGACGACCCGAUGUCAGCCUCGGCAGAUUUGUCCGCCGCCCGUCCUGAUUCCAUGCAAUCCGUCGCCUCUCUCUACCUCGAUGGACAGACCAUGUCGGUCGACAACGCCAGCUUGGACCUAGGUACUUCUCAUCACUCCAACGACUAUCUCGCCCAGCAUGAUGACCCGUCUCGUUCGCGACCACCAACAGGCUCCGAACAAAAUUGGUCACACCAUACCCUCCCCUCCAACCAAGCUCAUCACGAUGCAUCUGCCACAGGCGCUCUAGCAGGUCCACACAGAGCCGCUCGCCCUGCAGCGCUCAAGAUCGAUAUGCCUUCCGUCGUGUCCAGAGGCGUGCACGACACGACUGCAUCAACAGGCACCGAUCCCGUCUCAGCCGAGCCUGGCAGUGCAACCACUCCACAUGCGCUCCAAACGCGUUUUGCUCCUCUGCCGCAGCUUCCACCAUCCAUGUACGACAACCAGCCCAUGUUGCAGCAGCAUUCGGAUUCCGCCAACUCUACCACCAUGCACGAUGCCCCCGCCUCAUCUGGAUCCGCUCUCAUGCCCGCGUUUGGUACUGAAUCGGCCUACUUUGCUCAAGCUUCGGCUUUGGGGAGCCCGGCCCUAGCUCAUCAAGCCCCGGACCACAUUCUCAACAGUCCUCGUCUCCACCAAGCUGAAAGUCUCGCUGGCGUGCCCGGCGUUCCAGAGAGGCUAGGCCCAUCCGCCGCCCAUCUCGGCGUGGCCGUGUCUCCAAGCUCCCCCAUGAUGUCCCAGCUCAGCGCCGGACACUACAGUCCCACCUCCACACUCUCUGGCGCGUUCUCAUCGCGUCCUGGCAGUCGACCCGCCAGCCGUGGUCUCAAGUCCGUCGCCAGCUUCACCUCGUCUGCUGGUACUGGCACUGGCACUGGCACCGCCUCUGGUAGCGAGGCGCAUGCCACCGGUCGUCCGCGCUCGAGUUCGGGCAGCGGAGUUGCACCUCGUCCCAUAUCGGCCUUGACGAGGACCACGAGCAUGCAGAGCGACAUCGCCUCUUUCCAGGCCGCUUCCCCACAACCCGCUUUGACGCAAAGCCGUAGCGUGCAAAACUUUGGUCAGAUGCAACACCCUUCAAUGCCAGGUCCUCUCUCCAGCCCACGUCCUCCAGCCGCCGCAGGUGGCACAGAACCAUGGAGCCCUGCUCACUCUCACAUGGCUCAGUCACAUAGCUUCCGUGGUCCUUAUUCCGGCCCAGGCUUUCAGACGCCACAGAUGCAGCAGUUCAGCCCGACACUCACAUCGCCAGCUCAGUCUCAGUAUUCACCCCAUACACACUUUGGCUCAAACUCGUCAGGUAUGAUACCCUUCUUCUCGCCGUCGAUGGACACCAUGCAGCACUUUCAAGCGUCGACUGGUCACCCCGCCGAGAGUUUCGACAUUGCUGGUUUCAGCGAACAGCGACUGUCGUCUGCCUUGGCCAACAGCGCUUCUAUCAGUGGCGCUCCUCCCUCAGCGACAACACAUCAGCGCGAGGGUCACAGCACACCGACGAUUGUGGAAGAGGAGGAAGAUGUACCGCAGAGACAAACCCGAGCGACGGUGUUGAGAACCGCACACACAGACGUCCGCAUCGAGCCUGGCUUUCAAUCGCAUCCUGCCGCGCACCAACUUCAGCAUCACCAUCCGAAUUUGCAGCAGCUCCAGCAUCCACAUUCGAUGCGCCAGCACCAGCCGCCUCACCCGCUGCCGCAGCUCUUGCCGGGCCACCUUCCGCCCGCUUUGCAUCGAUCGCAUUCGGAUCAGCUAUCAGGUCUAUGCAUGGAUGCGCCACCCACGUUUCGCAACCAGAUGUCGUACCCACCGCACAUGCGACCCAGCCUGUAUCAGCAAGUCUCGAUGGCCGAAAUGGAUCAGUUGCGUCAAAUUCACGGCCUUGGUGUUACCGAGCGCAACUUUGGCGAUUGCUCAGCUUUUAUCCAAGAUUAUGUACGUCAGUACAUCUCGACAUCUAGUCGACUCGGCCUCGGAGAGAGAAAUGUGCUCAUCAUGACCACAAGGGUUGCACAGAAGAGCUACGGCGCCGAAAAGCGAUUCUUGUGCCCGCCACCUCUCGUCAUACUGAUCGGAAGUAGCUGGUGGAACGUGUGCCCGGCUUCGACACGUCCCUCGCCGUUUGCACCUGCUGGCGCUGCCGAUCCCGAUCAAGCCGCACCCACUGUACUCUCACCGCCUCGUGUCACCAUCAAUAUCAGCGGCGAACCGGGCGUGCAGGAUGGUGCGCUCGAAUGGGCUUCCAGCAGCGGUCGUCUCAUUGACGUGGGCAACCCGUCAUCCGAGAUGGCCAUUUCGGGCCGAUGCAUAGGGAAACAGCUCUACAUCUCCGAUGUGGAUGAGAAGAGGCGUCACGUCGAGGCGCUCGUCGCCAUAUCCGUGCCUGGUUCCUCGCCCAUGGAUCGACGUCUGCUCGGCACUUUCCCGAGUCGGCCGAUCAAGGUGAUCAGCAAGCCGAGCAAGAAGCGACAGUCGUCCCGCAACACGGAACUCUGCGUCAACCACGGCUCUGUUAUCUCACUGUUUCAUCGACUUCGAUCCCAGACCGUGUCGACGCGCUAUCUGUGCGUCUCGGGUGCACCGUCUUGGUUCAAGGGCUCGGACAACCAGCCUUUCCUCAACAUGAACCCUCGCGACCAGAAAGGGUCCGAGCCGCCGAGCUGCUUCGUUGCCAAAAUGUCGAGCUGGGACCCUUUCAUCAUCUAUCUGGUCGAUCCAAAGAAGCGAGCCGAUGCAACACCGUCCGAGCCUGUGCAGCCACCUGUCAAGGGCUAUCCUCCGCCGCCUCCCAACGCUCUACCCACGACCGGCUUGACCAGCUCGCAGAUGACGAUCCACUACAACCAGCCUAUCGUGCUCCAGUGCCUUAACACGGCUGUCGUCAGCCCCGUCAUGGUGGUGCGCAAGGUGGAGAAGGGCACCACGGUGCUGGGUGGUGCCUCGGCAGGACCAUCAGAGUCGAUCGCCCGCGAAGCGUUCGGCGACCCGGUCUCACAGCUUCACAAGAUUGCCCUCGAAGUGCUCGAAGAUCCGGCGGCGUCGGUCCCUCGACCUACUGGCGACUCGGGAGAGUCCAAUUGGCCUGGCAACAGCGGGCCUUUCUUAGCCUGUCUUAACGAGUCGGUUGGCAUGCACAGACCGAGCGAACCCAGGAGAUGGGUGGGUAACACUAGCUUCAGCGUUCCUUCGACUCCGACAACACCCGUUACAUCGAUGAAUCUAGCCGCUAUGGAGGGGAUAGACCCCACCGGUGGCUAUCUCUCUAUGAGCCCGACCAGUGCGGCAGCCUACGCGGCAGCGCAAACCCGCUACUCGUUGAGUGCCGGCAGGGCAGGUGCUACAAUGAUGUCGCCGUCAGCCUCGACAGGUUCGCACGAUGUCUCUGCGAUGGAGCCACCGCCUUCGUCGGACGGAGGCAAAGUGAAGCGACCACGUCGAGUCUCUUCCUCGGUGGUGGUGCAGAAGGAAAGAGCUGCUGCAGCUGCUGCGGCUAGCAAGAGUCGCCGACGUGGACAAUCGCUCUCGAUGGUCGGCAUUCAAAACCAGGGCCUCUCCGAGGUCGAGGUACUGCGUCGCAACGGAUCGUAUGCAAAUUCGAUGACGUCGGACUCGUCGGCAGCAGGCAGCAUAGCGCCCGGUGCUAUGUGGUCGGUCGAAGUUGCCGACUCGGACAUCUGGACGGUGGUUGGUACCGACAUCGCACGUCAUUCGUUCUAUGUGCCACCACAGAUCGUCGGUGGCUCACAGCCGCAGACCAACAUCACCGACAGCAACAUUGCGCAUUUGAUUACAGUGCCCGCUCCAGCACAGCCGAUCACACCGAUCCCCAUCAUCAGCAACAUGGUAGCGCCACAGCGAGAUGCCAGGUCACAACCCAUGUCAGCGCAGGCGGGCGAGCAAAGUCCCGGUCUCGUGACCAUACUUGGCGAAAACUUUCAUCCGAAUCUAUUCAUCUUUUUCGGCGACUGGAAGAGCACGCACGUUGACGUUCGGACACGCCAGACGAUCGUCUGCGCCGCUCCUCCCAGCUUCGACCAGGGUCUUCCGCGCGGUCGGGUUCCGAUCCUCAUUGUGAGGCAUGACGGUGUUAUCUUCCCGACCGACUUUCAUUAUCAGUGUUGA